AAUUCGUAUAAAAGUACAAAAGAUUAGCAAAAAGGAUCUUCUAUAUCAAUCUUCUCUUCCCCUGUAUAAACAAACCAUCUGCAAAAAUCUACAACCUCUUGAAUCUCUCUCAAGCCAAGAAUCUCUUCACACACCCAAUCAUUUACAUAUAUAUUCAAUACCCACAUAUUCAAAUCCGCAUAUACGAAAACCCUUUUGAGUUUGCACCCAAUCAGGCCAUUUCCUGAUUUCCCCCAAAUCUCGAAAGAUGAAAAUCCACCCAUUACCCAAGAAACGCAACAUUUCAUUGCGUUACAGCAUCCCAUCGAAUUUGUCAACCAAGAAGCUCCGUAGACUCCCCCACAUCUUCGAGAAAGUGCUGGAACUCCCGUUCCACUCGGACGCCGAGGUUUCGGUCCACGAAACCUCGGAUUGUCUGCGGUUUAUUGUCGUGACUGAUGAUGAUUUCGGGCAGGAUGUGAGGGCGCAGACGGUGGAGAUUUUUCCGGGGGUUACGAAGAUUGUUGUGAGAGGGAGUAAUUAUGUUAAUUUGUGUGAAAUUGGGUUUGAUGAGGUGGGGUUUGAUGUGUGGAGGUUUCGGUUGCCCGCGGGCACGAAGCCGGAGAUGGCUACUGCGGUUUAUAGUGGUGGGGAGUUGGUUGUGAUUGUGCCGAAAGGCGAGGAGGAAUUGGAUGGGAUGGAGGGCGAUGAUCGGGAAGAGAUGUGGGGGGAUGGGGAUGGGAGGCUUGUGCUUGUACAGUAAUAAUUGCAUUACCUUUUUUGGAUUAUGUUGUUUCGAUGUUUUUGUUUAGUUAAAUUUAGUGGUCGAGGUUGAGUUACUGCCCUCGGAUGGAUAUUUUGCCUGAAUAAUGAUUAAGUUGAAGGAAUCAGACUUUGCUAAUUGUUACUACCUUUUUUUAAUUAUGGUGUUCGAAUUUGCGAUAUUUUUAUUUAGUUAUAUUGUUAGUAGUUGAGGUUGAUUUAUUGCCCUCGGAUGGAUGUGUUGCCUAAAUAACGAUCAAGUAGAAGAAAUCAUGCUUUGCUGAUUGCUAUAAUGUCUUCCAAUAUAUGUGCUUUGCUAUUGCCUUCUGUUAAUAUGUUGUUUCGAUUUUUAUGUUUUGUUAAUUUUGUAGUCUAGUUUGAGUUAUUGCCCUCGGAUGGAUGUGGAUAUGUUGCCAAUUAUGACAGAGUAGAAGCAAUCAUGCUUUGCCAAUUGCUAUGAUGUCUUUCUAUAUAUGUGCUUUGCUAUUACAUUUUUUUUUUUUUAAAUUUUGUUGUUUGGAUGAUUUUGUUUAGUUAUAUUUAUAAGUAGAGAUUGAGUUAUUGUGGAUGGAUAUGUUGCCUAAAUAAUGAUUAAGUAGAAGAAUCAUGCUUGCUAAUUGCUAUAAUGUCUUUCAGUAUUUUUGCUUGAUUGGUCCUAUGUCUUAUUAUCAUUACUGCAUUGUCGAAGCCAACGUUUUUAUUAUGAGUAGGUUAUAUAUUGUUUAGGUUUAUUCUCUUAAAAUGGUUAAGACUUAUUUCCCUGUCCCAACAGUUUGGAUUUCUUAAUUGGACGAUUUCUUGAAAGUUGAGGAUCUUUUGCCAUGUUUCAUCAGUUGGUUAGGUAGUAGUUUUAUGAUCACGUAUUUUCAGUGGAAGUUUUUUAUAUUUUAGUCCUGUUAUAUUGUUAUUAGUUGAGGUUGAGUUAUUGCCCUUUGAUGGAUAUUUUGCCUAAAUAACAGUUAAGUAAAAAGAUACCAUGCUUUGCUAAUUGCUAUAAUGUCUUUUUAUAUUGGUGCUUUGCUGUCUUCAUUUUUUAAUUCCGUUGUUUUGAUGUUUUUGUUAAGUUAAUUUAUUAGUCGAGGUUGAGUUAUUGCCCUUGGAUAGUUUUGCUGUGUGAAUAACCAUAACGUAGAAGAAAUCAUGCUUAGCUGAUUGCUAUAAUGUCUUUCUAUAUAUAUGCAUGAUUGCGCAUAUGUUUUAUUAUCGCUAUUGUAUUUUCAGAGCCAGGGUCAAUACUUAUGAGCGGGAAUGCAGGAUAUAGUUUGUUUAGGUUUAUUAUACGUCCUUAAAUGAUCACUACUUACUUCGCUGUCCGAACGGAGUAGAUUCAUUUAUUUAUACGAUUUAUUGAAAGUUGAGGACCUUUCACAAUGUUUUCAUUAGUUGGUUAGGUACUAGGUUUAUGAACAGGGGAUUUUAAUAGAAGCUUUUGAUAUAUUGUUAGGCUUGUUAAAUUUGUAAAAAUACACAAACUGGAGUUUUGAUCUGGUGCAUUAGAUUUUUUCUGAUGAUUCUUGGUGAUACGUGAACUUUUCCUUCUGAUAUAAAGCAUUGUUGAGUUGAAUUGUCUUCUUGUAAAUGAAUGAUCAUUGUAAUUGUUCUGAUAAUUUCGACAUAACGUGUCAAAAUGUAGUCUUUCCUUUAAAAUCUUGUUGUGCUUACGAAAGCGGUGGAAGAUGUUCUUUUGGCCCUUGACUAGAUUUAGAUUUAUAAGUGCAAAGUUUUACACUGUGAAUUUCUAAUAGAAUAGGCACCCUGUUGCCUGUUGGUAUCAUGCUCUCACUUCUCCACUAAAAAGAUUCGCAUUUUGACCUUCGAGAAGUGUGUUUUUUGACCUCUUUAAAGUGUAUCUGGAAAAUUCAUCUAUUAUAGAAUUGAUGUGAUUAUAUUAAAUAUGGUCAGAGAGCCUGUAUUAUUUUCACAUACUAGAAAUUAAACUCAGAAGAAGUGACUUCUUAUGUGAACCAUAUAGGGACAUGAAUCAGUAAUCAUAGGGUUACAUUGUUAAGAAGGAAAUUUCUAAGAAAGUACCUCCUCUUAUUUGGUUUGUAAGUUGGAAUAUUGUGUUUAUAUAUUCUGUUUGGCCAAGAAUAUUCGUACUCAAGUUGUGCUCCCUUUCUGGGCUAAAGCAGUUUACGUUUGCUUGUAAUGGUUUUCUACUUUUAGAAGUCUUUAAGUCAUAUGCAGAUUUUCCAUUAUUGUAUAUUCGAGGCAAUCUUUUUAUUGGUCUUAAUUUUUAUACAGGCAAUUAUAUAGGGCUAGCAUUAGUACAAAUGUACAUGUGCUGAAAAAUAGUAAAAUGAUAACACCCAGCCUUAUUCUUGUGACGGCUCUUGUCUUAUGGUUUCAUUUUUGAUAUGAUUGUCAUUGAUUCAACGAGUCGCUUAGACUUUGGUUCCAUAUAUUCAAUGACAUUAUCCUUGAUCAGAUCUCCUUUUGAAGUGUUGCAGGGUUAGUUAAUAGUAUCAACUUGUAUUACUAGAACUUACCAUGUUCUGUUUUUGACUUAUAUAUUAUUAAGCAUUCUUUGCAGCUACCCAGAUUGUACUGCAUCAUGUAUAUCUCAAGCCAGCUGUUGGGCGAGUACUCAAGGUUAAUUCUCAUCUAUGGUGCAUUCCGGUGAGUUUUAAUCUCUCGUAUACAUGGAUGCAUAUAUUGAAUAUAUUCUUUCCAUGUUGGCGACAGUUGCUUAAUUAAUAUCCAUUAUGAGUGGGUAGCACACAUGGAUGUGGAGCCUGUGUAUUCUUUUGUUUAUAUCUACAUAAAUAUUGGGCACAUGGAAGCCCUUAGACUUGUAUAACAGGAUCUUCAACAAUACUUACCUAUAGAUCAGGUGGAUUCAAGUGUUGUAGUUAAAUUUAGAUGCCAGAUUUUCAUCGAGGAUAUCUUCAAUAGGAAAUAGGAUGACCCUUUGUGGUGUUUAUCCCUCGCAUAGAUUGCCCUUUUUGGAGGUACGCCGCCCUUGAUAAGAGUUAUCUAUCCACUUAAUUCUGUCGACAAUUGUGCAGUGAAUUCACGCAGUUGUGUGCUACUGACAUUAUAUUUUCCGUCUGAUAUGUAUAUAUUCUGAUGCAGUGGCGGGAUUUCUUAUCACAAGUUUAUGAUCCAUCAGUUUCAUCCUUUGAAUCUCUUACCCUUUUCUGAUCAAUCUGUUUCAUCUUUCGAUUCUCAUGUGCCUUUACCAUCUUUAGUUCUUUAAUGCAACUGGAGAUUGAUAAUGGGUAUAUUUUUAAGUCAAGAUCAUGAGCCUCCUUUAGACAACUUGAACAAAAGCAUGCAUGCUACUUCACUGUCUGGGAUCUUAUAUGGUUGUUUCUAAAGGAGACUUGAUACAUUCUGUAUGCACCUUAAACACCUUAUAGACCUGAGUUCAAAAUUUUCAUUUAUCCCUAUUUUUACGUUAAAAAACAUGCAUAAUAUAAUAAAAUUAAAUCGGUUUUUUUAGUGUGUGCCUGUGGGCAGACACUAAGUGCGGAAUUUUUUAGGUUAACUCAUUUUUAUCGGCUCUCAUAUCUUAAUAAUGAUGGACCCCCUGCAUAUAUAACCUUCACACCAAUCAAAAUCUCUCAAACCAUCACACCAAUCAAAAUCUCCCACCAAUCAAAAUCUCUCAAAUAUAUAAAAUUCCGCGCCUAACAUGUGCUCAUGGGUACUGUACAAAUUCAAAUUAAAUUAUUGUUUUGUAGCUGAAGAGAUAAGAUCAUUGCUUCUAAUAGCAAUAGCAAUAUAUGUUGCAUAGAUUUUUUUUUUUGUUGCUUUCGUCUAAUUAUAUUAAAUCUAAUUUAAUUGAAAACAAAAUUGACACGUGGUAAAAGUUUCAUCUCCAUGGAUAGUUUCCAAAUAAUUUUGCAGCAUGAUGGUAAUUUUUUAAAGAAGUUUAAAUUUUAAUCGAAGUGUAAUUACUCUAGAAUUACUACAGUUACAAAUUAUUCGACCAAUUUUAGGAUAGUUCUCGUACAGUCCUGAAGCUGUCGUGCCACGUUGCCUGCAUGCUUGUUAAGUACACGUGUCAAACAAAUUUACUGCCACGUGUGCACGUAUCAUACACGUGUCAAACCCCUGAGUGCAACACAUCUCGAACACGUAAACACAUCAUGCAGUCUCUUCACACUUAUCAUUUCAUACAUUUACAUUUAUUAUCCGAAAUUAUAAUUUUAUGUUACCAAAAAACACAAAAAUGAGCCAGCAACAACCCGAGAGACCACAACAAGAACAGCCUACUCCUGUUAGAUACGGCGACGUUUUUGAUGUUUCGAGUGAGUUGAGUUCCCAGCCCAUAGCACCCAAAGAUGCCUGUACCAUGCAGGCGGAAGAGAAUAGGGUGCUUGGUAAGACGCUCAAGGGCGGUGCAGCGGCCGUCAUGCAGUCGGCCGCUGCUGUCAACCUACAGCGCGGUGUCGUUGGCCGCGACGAGGCCAAAGAUCACGGUGUCAUGGUUUCUCAAGAUGAAGUCGCGGGGAAACGAAUUAUCACUGAGGCAGUUGGAGGAGAGGUGGUAGGACAAUACGUUCAACCAGGGAAAAUACACAUGAAAUCCCCUGCGGGAGCACUAGCCGAUGAUGCUAUUACUAUCGGGGAGGCUUUAGAGAACGCGACUCUUACUGCAGGAGACAAACCUGUCGAUCAGAGUGAUGCGGCCGCGAUCCAGAAGGCUGAAGUGAGAGCCAGCGGCUUCGCUCAUGCUGGCGGUGUCACGGCCGCAGCUCAAUCCGCUGCCAAUCUUAAUGCUCGUACUAUGGGCGUUGACGACAAAAUCAAACUCGGUGAAGUUCUCGCUGAUUCAUCGAAUAGGUUGGAAAUCGACAAGCCGGUGACGAGGGAAGACGCGGAGGAAGUGAUCGAGGCGGAGGUGAGGAACAAUCCUGAGAUGGUUACUUAUCCUGGUGGUGUUGCAUCUUCCAUGGCUGUUGCAGCUAGUCUUAACCAGGACCGUGCUAUAAGUGCAUGCAUCUUGUUCCUCAAGCACCAAAAUAGCAACAAAUACUCAACCACCAUGAGUAACCAGAUCCAGGAAAGGAGGUUCGGUGAGUCAAGUGAUGAUGUUUCCACAGAGUCAUCAGUUAACAUGAAGGCUCCUGGGUUUGAGCCGAUUACUAUUGGUGAUGCUCUGGAGAUCACUGCCUUGACAGCCGGGAAUAAACCGAUCGAGCAGAGUGAUGCUGCCGCGAUUCGGGCUGCGGAGAUUCGGGCUAGCGGAUUCACUCAGAUUGCAGGCGUUGCUGCGGCGGCUCAGCUGGCUGCGGAUAUGAAUAGCCGCACCGAGGAUGACGAGGAUAAGACCAAACUCGGUGACAUUCUUAUGGACGCAUCGAACAUGCUGGAGGAUGACAAGGCGGCGACAAUGGAAGAUGCAGAAGGGGUUAGCGGAGCAGAGGUGCAAAACAAUCCGGAUAGGGUGACUUAUCCCGGCGGCGUUUCGGCUUCGAUCAGUUCAGCUGCUAAGCUCAACCAGGAUCCUACCGCAACUCCUAUAGUGAAUGAGUAAAUAGCUGGCACGUACGUGUAGCCCUGUACCAUCUAUCUGUAGGUUUGAGUAUUUAAAUUUCUGCUCCGUGUUCUUUCGACUUUUGCUUUUAUAAUCACCGCAGUGUCUGAUAAGGCAAGAAAUGGAGUAGAUCUAUGUUAGUAUUUCUUUUCAUGGAAGAGGGUGAGUUAAAGUUUCAGUUUCAAUCCUGACAAAAAAGG